CAGAGACGAAACAUCCGGAUUGUUCUGAUAUCUUAAAAAAAAAAAGUGCCACUGUCGUUUUGUCGUAAAUUACUGACGCCGGCUAAACAACAAACACCAGAGUAAACUACGUAGGAUCAAAGCCGAACCACCUGGGAAUCUACGUUUCCCGGGAGGCAAAUGGCUGCGUCUUCAUCAUCCUCCUCGGCGGGAGGCGUAAGCGGCAGCUCGGUCACAGGCUCUGGGUUCAGCGCUUCAGAGCUCAUCCCCCCCAGGAAAGUUCUCUUCACGUAUCCUAAAGGCGCAGGAGAAAUGAUGGAAGACGGCUCUGACCGAUUUUUAUGCGAGUCUGUGUUCAGCUACCAAGUUGCCUCCACUUUAAAGCAGGUUAAGCAAGAUCAACAAGCCUCCCGAAUGGAGAAGCUGGCGAGCCUCGUGGAGGAGCUAGAAGCAGACGAGUGGCGCUACAAACCCAUAGAGCAGCUGCUGGGAUUCACGCCGUCCUGAAUAAAGACAUCCACAUGCCUUUUUUGGAGGAAGAACAAAGAAUGAAGACGAAGAGAAAUGUUUUCUUCUAUCUCAUAGAAGAUAGAAGAAAACAUUUCUGUGAGGGUUAACACUGUAACAUAAAACUAAAAGUUAUUUUCACAUUUUGGACAUAAGAUGUUUUUGUUUAAUUAUUAUUAUUUUUUACCCUUUUUGAGUUUGUUUUUGCAAUGAUAUGUAUCAGCUGAACUAAAAUCCCUGUCAGCUCAAGUCUUAUAACUACUUGAUUUGCAACAGUAAUAUUCGUACUAUUAGAAGUUUCAUAUCAUUUAGGCUAAUAAAGCUGAAUCUUGAGAUGCUUAA